AAAACGAUUAAAAACAUCCAUCAAACAAUAACAACAACAUCUACACCUGAUAAUCAUUUACCUGAGCAGAUAAUCAUUUAAGCAGCCACCAUCACCAAAUAAUAAUAAUAAAAAAAUGCCGAAAGUUAAUCGAAAAUUUCCCAAUAUGAAUCUUAUUCUACCAUCAGAUGAUCCACCAUUAGUACAACAAGGAUUACCACCACCAAAUAUAAAUCGUUCAACAAAAAUUCGUAUCAAUGGUACUACAAUUGAAAUUGAUCCAGAAAAUACUAAACCAGUUAAACAAUUAGGUCAUGGUGCAUAUGGUUUUGUUGAAUUAAUUGAACAUGAACCAUCAGGUAUACAAUUGGCUGUUAAGCGGAUAUGUGCAUCAAAAGUAUCCGAUCAGGAUCGUUUAUUUCGUGAUAUGGAUAUAUUGGUUAAAUCACAGGGCUGUCCACAUAUAGUCGAAUUUUAUGGUGCAAUUUAUUGGGAAAAUAAUCUUUGUUUAUUUAUGGAAAUAUUGGAUGCAUCAUUAGAUAAAUUCUAUAAAUUAGCAUAUAAAUUAUUACCGGAAAAUUCCCCAAAUAAUUUAGCAAUACCCGAACCAGUAUUAGGACGUAUUGCAUAUUCAGUUGUAUCGGCAUUAAAUUUUUUAUAUGAUAUGAAAAUUAUACAUCGUGAUGUUAAACCAUCAAACAUUCUCAUCAACCGUUCUGGACAGAUAAAAUUAUGUGAUUUUGGUAUAUCAGGUUAUCUGGUGGAUUCUGUUGCUAAAACAUUUGAAGCCGGUUGUAAAGCAUAUAUGGCACCUGAACGUUUGGUUCCAAAUCAAAAAGGUUAUAAUAUACGUUCAGAUGUAUGGAGUUUAGGACUGACAUUAUUGGAAAUAGCAACGGGAAAAUUUCCAUAUCCAACCAAUGAUCUAUUUAAACAGAUAAAAUCUGUUUAUGAAGAUGAUCCACCAAAAUUACCUGAAGGAAAAUAUUCACAAGAAUUUCAUUAUCUAAUUGGUGAAUGUUUAAAAAAAGAACAUCAAGAAAGGCCAAAUUAUGAACAAUUAUUAGAAAUGGAUUUUUUAAAAACAUAUCAAAAUCAUGAUAUAUCAGAUUUUACUAAAUUUGUUUUAGAUUCGGAAUUAGUAGAAUUAUCAUCACCAACAACAACAACGCCACCACCUGUAAUUGAUAAAAAUUCAUUAAAUAAAUCCGAAGCAACAAUAACCAAUGAUACAGAUAAUCAAUUGAAUAAUAUGACCAUUACGAAUGAUGAUAAUAAUGAUGAUGAUUCUUGAUCCUAUGAAGGGAAUGAAGUGUUAUUAUUUGGCAAUGAACCUGUCAUAGCAAUAUUACCUGAGGAAUUUUUAUUUGUAUGAUUCUUGUUUGGCCAUCAUCAUUUAUCCAUCGUAA